UAAAAACCCGUAUCUCCUGCAAUUCUUCUUCUUUUCCUCUCCCUAUCUGUUUCCUUUUCAUGGCGAUUUGAAGACAGCGGCAGAAAAUUAGGGCUUUCUUUCUCCGAAGAAUCUGCCCUAAGAACUGCAGAAAUCUACAGAAAUGCAAUCGUUCGACGCUCUCGACGCGUUCCUGGUCGCGGCGAGCAGAGCUUGUUGCAGUUCUUUCGCCAUCUUCAUCCAGAUCCAGGGAUGUGUGAUCUGUUUAACCCUUGCCCUUGGAUGGUGUUGUGCUGCUUAUGUAAGGAGUAGAGUGAUUAGACGGAUAAAGAAUAAUAUUAAAUGUGGUAAUAGUUUUGGAUUUCUCUGUCAAGACAUCAAUGACCUUGAGCACUCUGCCCAGAUGAAGUUGCCAAGGGUUUCAGUUGUUAUGCCUCUAAAGGGGUUUGGGGAACACAACUUACAGAACUGGAGAAGUCAGAUCACAUCUCUUUAUGGUGGGCCUUUGGAAUUCUUAUUUGUAGUUGAAAGUACGGAAGAUCCAGCUUACCAUGCUGUAUCUCUACUGAUUAAAGAAUAUGAGGAUAGUGUUGAUGCGAAGAUUCUUAUAGCUGGCUUAUCAACAACAUGCAGUCAGAAAAUUCACAAUCAGUUAGUUGGCGUGGAGAGGAUGCAUAAAGACAGCAAGUACGUUUUGUUUCUUGAUGAUGAUGUUAGGCUGCAUCCUGGGUCAAUUGGAGCCCUUACUGCAGAGAUGGUGAAGAAUCCUGAGAUAUUUAUUCAAACUGGAUACCCUCUCGAUUUGCCUUCUGGAAGCUUAGGAAGUUACUGCAUUUAUGAAUAUCAUAUGCCUUGUUCAAUGGGAUUUGCUACUGGUGGAAGAACAUUUUUUUUGUGGGGAGGUUGCAUGAUGAUGCAUGCGGAUGAUUUCAGAAAUGACCUUUAUGGUGUGGUCAGUGGACUACGAGAUGGUGGAUAUUCUGAUGACAUGACCCUUGCGGCAAUUGCUGGAGCACAUAAGAGGCUCAUCUCUUCGCCUCCAGUCGCUAUCUUUCCCCACCCUCUUGCAAGUGACCUUAGUUUCCCGAGGUACUGGAAUUACCUGAGGAAGCAAACAUUUGUUCUAGAAUCAUAUAUAUCGAAAGUUAACUGGAUGAUGAACCGCGCUUUAUUCUCUUCACACUGUUAUCUAUCAUGGGGAUUUGUUGCCCCGUAUUUUAUGGCAUUGAUUCAUGUUACAGCAGCGCUAAGAGCAAGAUUUAACAAUUUACCGUUCACGGAAACAGGCUUUACCUGUAGUGGAUUGUUGCUGGCAGGCUGUUUAGCGAUAUGCACUGUUAUAGAACUCUUUUCAAUGUGGAAUUUGACAAAGGUGGAGAUUCAACUGUGCAACCUCUUAUCCCCGGAGGGGCCUCCAGUCUCGCUCGGGUCAUAUAAUUGGGGCCUUGUCUUUCUUGCCAUGCUGGUAGACAAUUUCUUGUACCCUGUAUCUGCAAUUCGUUCACAUUUUUCACAGUCUAUCAACUGGUCUGGCGUUCGAUACCACUUGAGAAAUGGAAAGAUAAGGAAGAUUGAAAGAUGCAAGGAGAACGGUCCGAAUUAUACUGAUUUAGGUGGAAAGCAUUUGUAUGGAAAGAGAGCAAACCCACAAAAAACAUCCCUACUCAGCUCUUUCGCAAGAAGUUUGGCUCAAUGGCACCAACCCAAGAAAUUCGAUGGCUAGGUGGGCUCAAGGAGAAAAGAUUUGUGCACCAAUUUGCCCUUCUCCUUUGUCCUCUUCCGAGCAUGGCUUGGGUAUUUUUCUUAUUGUUAGCUUCUUUUCUAGGUUUUCAUUUAAUCAUUCUUCCCAUUCAAUCAAUUGAUUUUUCUAGGUUCUGAUCCAUGCUUGGCCAGAUUGAGUUUGUAGUGCUACUGUUCUGUAACAUUAAUGAUUGUACAUUGACAUCUUCAUUCGAGACUGAAUGUUUGGUUCUUGUUUUC